CGCGGCGCAAGCACAGUAGGUGCGCGACCGCUAGAGUCGUCGGUCGUGUUACGAAAAAUUGGUUUUAUCAAUUUAUCGAAUAUUGUGUCACGAUCUAUCGUGUGUGUGGAACAUGCUUCUCUACAUCUGGAUAGCUGUAAUAAUAGCAGCCGUAUGGCUGUACUGCAGACAUGUAUUCUCGAAGUUCACUAAAAGUGGCGUCAAGCACUUCAAGCCGAUCCCCUUGUUCGGCAACAUGGCGAAACUGCUGUUCAGAUACGAACAUUUCGCUGAUGCUGUCACAGAUCUGUACCAGGCUUUUCCUGAAGAACGAUUUGUAGGAAGGUACGAAUUCAUGAACCCCGCGGUGAUGAUCCGAGACAUCGAGCUUCUGAAAAAGGUCACGGUCAAAGACUUCGAAUAUUUUCUCGACCACCGCUCUCUUGUCAAUGAGAAGACAGAUCCUUUCUUUGGAAGAAAUCUUUUUUCACUGAAAGGUCAAGAAUGGAAGGACAUGCGCUCUACCCUCAGUCCAGCAUUCACCAGCUCAAAGAUGCGUCUUAUGGUGCCCUUCAUGGUAGAAGUAGGAGACCAGAUGAUAGACUCCCUGCAGAAAAAAAUUGAGGAAACCAAAGAAGGUUAUAUCGACAUCGACUGCAAGGACUUGACGACUCGCUACGCCAAUGACGUCAUCGCUUCGUGUGCCUUUGGCUUGAAAGUGAAUUCGAUGAAAGAUGAGAACAACGAGUUCUACACCAUGGGAAAAGUGGCUGCCAACUUUAGCAUUAUUCAAAUCUUCUUACUCUUCAUUAUGAUCAGCGUGCCCAAAGUGUCUGAAAAACUGAAAUUAAAAUUGUUUUCGGAAAAAACUGGAAGUUUCUUCAAGAAUUUGGUAUUAGGUACCAUGCUGGACCGCCAGCAGCGUAACAUCAUCAGACCUGACAUGAUACACCUUUUGAUGGAAGCUAAGAAAGGAAAACUUGUGCACGAUGAAAAGGCGCAAGACGCUGAUGCAGGAUUUGCGACUGUUGAAGAAUCUUCCAUUGGAAAGAAAACGAUCAAUAAAACAUGGACUGAUGAAGACCUGAUCGCCCAAGCCAUCCUAUUCUUCGUGGCUGGUUUUGAAACGGUUUCUUCGGCCAUGUCGUUCGCCCUGCACGAAUUGGCUGUCAACCCUGACGUGCAGGACAAACUGGUUGAAGAGAUCAGGGAGAAUGACGCAAGGAACAAUGGCAAAUUCGACUAUAACUCCAUUCAAAAUAUGCCGUAUAUGGACAUGGUGGUGUCAGAGGUGCUGCGUCUUUGGCCGCCAGCCAUUGCUACAGACAGAAUGUGCAUCAAGGAUUAUAAUCUCGGAAAACCCAAUAGCAAAGCUACCGAAGAUUAUUACAUUCGCAAAGGUGAAGCCUUCGCCAUCCCGAUAUGGGCUUUCCACCGGGACCCUGAGUUCUUCCCGAACCCCAACAAGUUUGAUCCUGAACGUUUCUCUGAAGAAAACAAGCACAAAAUCCAACCAUUCACGUACAUGCCUUUUGGACUUGGACCUAGAAAUUGCAUUGGUUCAAGAUUCGCGCUGUGCGAGGUGAAGGUGAUGCUGUACCAGCUGCUCCUCCACGUGGAGUUGUCUCCAGCAGCCAAGACCUGCAUUCCUGCCGAGUUGGCCAGAGACACCUUCAACCUUCGCCUGAAGGGAGGACACUGGAUACGAAUGAAGACCAGAAAAUCUAACUAAUUCUAAUUAUCACUUACGAUGAAAAGAGGAUAUAUUAUUUUAAGUCCAGGUGUUAUCUUUUAUAAAUUACUUUUUAUAGAAUUUAUUUUUAUACUAUAAUAAUUUUUAGUCUGUGAUAUAAGACCAAAAUAAUAUUUUUCAUGGCUAAUUUCAUGUUAUUUCUAUGACAAUUCACAAAACGUACAAAAAAAUGUUUAUAAAGUUUGCGGCACUAAUUAAGUUUGUUAUUUAUUAUGUAUAAAAAUUAAAAGAUAAGAUUGCGUUACGUGCUAAGAAAUCAACUUGAUUUGCUUUAAAAGUAGCAAGCAAAUCAAUUUUUACAGUGAUUGACGGCCAAAAGUUAAAUGACCAAAGAGAGGCUGUUAUGAGUAUAAGAUUUUAUAACUUUUUGGAACAACCUGAAAAAUUUAUGAAAUUAUCUUACA